CAAAUUUCAAACGAUCAGCUGAAUUAAUUUCAAAUCUUACACCAGACGAUACGAAAGUCACAAUUAAGCAAGAGCAGAAUAAUCAACCAAUAACGAGUGGAGAGGUGCUUGAACUGACAAAAUAUAUAAAUGUUGUCUAUGGAAGAAUUAUGAGUUCAAACCAAUCGCGGAGCCUUCUUCGUUACGAAAUUCGUGCU